UUCAGUUUAAAAUACUUUAAUUUCUCAUUUGAUGUCUCCCUUGACCCAUGGGUAAUUAAAAAGUGUCUAUUCAGUUUCCAAACACCAAAGUCAAUUUGGAAGUUAGGUUUCUUUUUCAUUGUCCUGGCCCGGUGUUGUUCUCUAAUGUUUAUACAAGAAACUUUCAUCUCUCUUCUGUUACUUUGCUUCGGAAGGAGCGUGGAUAUUUAUUUUCCCUCAUAUUUGAGGAGAGUCAGCUUCCAGGGGCAGAUUCCUACCUUUGAUUUACCUUUACCUGAAGACUAUAUAUGGGAUGGUCCUGGCAUUCAAGGCUUCCCACAACCUGGACUAAAUGCAACUUUCCAGUGCCGGCAAAUGUGUGUUCAUUAUAAGCAUCAGCACAGCUAGACUAUUUUCCAUUUCCCAGACUUGUUUGAUUCUGUUCAUUUUGGUCUCUAUGAGAGAUGCUGUCUCCCUCAACCCCUCCUGGAAACCAUUAUCAGAAACACAGUUUAAAUGUUCCCUGUUCCAUGAAGUCUUUCUGGUCACUCAGUGUUUUCUCUUCCUAAAAUCUAUGCAACUUUUUUUUUUUAACACCCUCUCUUAUUGCCUUUAUAAUAUUAAGGUCAUUUACUUUCUUAUUCCCCUUACUAAAAAUCUAACCCCUUCCCUCCAAGCAAGCUAAGCCAUGUCCCACAUUGGACACUCCAUACACAUCCCCUGAAACAAACUAAUUGUGAUUUGAUUUUCUUUCCUCAAUGUGCCUGAUUACUAUCUUAGACUUUGCCAUGAUGGGAACAUUUGGAGGCAGGAAAAGAAUAUAGAAUGGGAGAGACUUUGGGGGGAUAUUGGGAGUCUCUGGGUCUUGAUGAUCUCACAGAGAUAAGCCGACUGAGGGGAAAGGGACAUAAACCACAGAAUGCGGGCCACUUGGAGAAGACCUCGUUUUCUCUGUAUUCUAGGACCCUGCAGUGAGGGGGAAGCUUCCUGUGUGGGUGAAGGCCUCUUUCAUGAGCUCAUUAACUCUUUAUGAGAGACAAAAUCACUGACUAAUAGAGUGAUUGUAUGAGAAUCAAUAUAAAUAUUAAUGAGGAAAAUGCCUAUUUUCUUGCACCAACACCCACUACAAGCCUAUAUAAGUUCUGGAGGAGAAGGAAGGCUUCAUCUUCAAGCAAAUUCAACUGCGGGCAAAGCACGAGCCUGGCCUGUACACCAUGACUUCUACUCAUUGUGAUUCUCUCCUCAGUGGACAGGUUUCAGAGCCCACGGCUGCCUCCCUGUGCCUGUCCGCCACCCUGGCACAUGCCAACCGGGUGCGUGUGGGGGCAACGCCUCUGGGCCGACCCAGCCUCUGUGUGCCCUACAGCUGUCAAACCGCUUGCCCCUUGCCAGGGACCCGCGACAUUCCCGGCAACGUCGGAGUGUGUGAGAACUAUGGGGAAGGCGCCCCGAUUGGCCACGAGAAGGUGACCAUGCAGUUCCUGAACGACCGCCUGGCCAACUACCUGGAGAAGGUACGCCAGCUGGAGCGGGAGAACGCGGAGCUGGAGACCAAGAUCCGAGAGUCGAGCAAAUGCCACGAGUCCAGCGUGUGUCCAGACUACCAGUCGUACUUCCAGACCAUCGAGGAGCUCCAGCAGAAGAUCCUGUGCAUCAAAUCUGAGAACAACAGGCUGGUUGUGCAAAUAGACAACGCCAAGCUGGCUGCAGAUGACUUCAGGACCAAGUACCAGACGGAGCACUCCCUCCGCCAGCUGGGGGAGGCCGACGUCUGCGGCCUGCGCAGGGCCCUGGACGACCUCACACUCGCCAAGUGUGACCUGGAGGCGCAGCUGGAGUCCCUGAAGGAGGAGCUGCUCUGCCUGAAGAAGAACCACGAACAGGAAGUCCACAUCCUGAGGGGCCAGCUGGGGGACAAGCUCCAGAUUAAGCUGGACGCGGAGCCCACCGUGGACCUGAGCAGGGUGCUGGACGAGAUGCGGUGCCACUACGAGGCCAUGAUGCAGACCGGCCGCAACGACGUGGAGCAGUGGUUCCGAGAUCAGUGCGAGAGCAUCAGCAAGCAGGACAUGUCCUGCUCCGAGGAGCUGCAGUGCUGCCAGUCGGAGAUCCUGGAGCUGAGGCGCACGGUGAACGCCCUGGAGGUGGAGCUUCAGGCCCAGCACACGCUGAAGGACUGUCUGCAGAACUCCCUGUGUGAGUCGGAUGCACGCUUCGGCACCGAGCUGGCCCAGAUGCAGAUCCUGAUCCGCGACGUGGAGGAGCAGCUGUCUGAGAUCCGGGCUGACCUGGAGCGGCAGAACCAGGAGUACCAGGUGCUGCUGGACGUCAAGGCCCGGCUGGAGGGCGAGAUCAACACGUACCGGAGACUUCUGGAGAGCGAGGAUCGCAAGCUGCCUUGCAACCCUUGUGCAACCCCGGCCUCCAGGACGCCCUGCCCGGCCCCUGUGGCCUCUGGGCCCUGCUCUCCCCGCCUUUCCGGGCCUCCUCCUCCUCGGGCCUCCUGUGCCUCCCGCUCAUCGUCUCGAUGCUGACGUUCCCCUCAGCUUGAGGGAUCGGGGGAUGGGGAAUGUCUGCAGCCCCGCCGGCCCCCUUCUGCGGGCCUGCCCCCUCCCCCAGCCCCUACCCUCCCGGGUCUUGCCCCCUCAGCCUGGCCCGGCUGCAGACUGACGACGCCAGGCAGCGCUUCUCUGCUGAUGGGCUGUCCGGUCCGGCGGCUCAGCCCUCGCCCCUGGAUUUGUGCUUCCUCUCUCCUCUCUUCUGUGGCCUCACAGUCUGAGAUGUGGUAGGGAAACUUUUUGCUAAUAAACUUCAGUUCCGCAGCAUGAAGAGCCCAGGGCCUGUGGCCAAGGUCUCCAUGCCGUGCCAA